AUGUCUACUACAACCAAACCAACCUCUGCAACACAGAAAAUUCUAAGAAAACUUCAUUUAAACCAUAACAAAAAUAUUAAUGUAGACACUGAGCAGCAAGAUAGGCAAAUUGUUGUUACAGUGGAUCCACAAAAGAAGAUGAAAAAUACAGGCUUAAGUGCCUUCCUUAGUAACCGUCGACAAGAACAAGAGCCUCAAAAGCCUUCCAGAAAUGAUGCUACCAGUGACCGAAGCAAAAUGACGACUUCGUCACAGACUGUAGCAUUUAAAAUGAGGCAAAGUCGUCGAUCAUCCGUAGCAAAUAACCUACAAUCUCCAAAAAAAGUUGAAUCACCCGCAGUCAUGUCUGAUACAAUGCAGACUCAAAUACUUCAAGAGCAGUUGGAGAAACUUGUAGCAGACCAGCAAAUACAAAAACAAAAAUCUGUUCAUGAUGAAAAAGAAGAAAAGGCGAUAAAAGAAUUAAAAGUUGAAUUUGCGUUGCCGUCACCGCCUGUGACACCUGCGGCAACAGGUACACCUGAGCCACGCAUGUCUGAAGUAGAGGAGGAGGACGAUUUGACUGCCAGAACAGUUCAGCCAUCUUCUACAGCAGCAUCACGGCGUUUGCGUUCUGCUACCUCUCAUGGUGGUCUUCGUCCAAUCAUUAUCAACGCACAUCAGUUUCCACAGGGAAAAAGACGACCCUUAUCUUUUGUGGACUCGUGUAUGGAUGAUUACACAGCAACCAGAAAGUCCAUAUGUGAUCCAUCAGAUGCUUGUAGCCCCAUAUCACGCAAGAUUGCAAACUAUCGCCUUCAUAAAAGACUAUCAGAGCACGACUUAUACAGUACAGAUAAUACAGAGUUAUUUCCUUUAUCAUUGGAUGAACAUUUGUUGCUCCAUCAGUACAUCAUGCAGCAUCACCAACAACAACAACAACAAGUAGAUACAGAUACUUCUUCUGAAUCAACUCAAGGAGGCGAUGUAAUUAAACGCAUCGAUAGUGCCAAGUCUAUUGAUAGCAGUGUAGCGUUUGAUGCAAAGUGUGAACAUCUCAAAAAAAUGCUGGACAAAGAAAAGGCCAUAGUAAGAGCACUCCAGAAACAGAAAGAAGCCAUCAAUAAAGAUAUCACGUUUCUAUCACAGAGCGUAGAGGAGCUAACUGCACAAAAUUCAGAAUUGAAAAAGAAAUUAGACCAUGAAAAGGCAAAAAGAUUUCAAGAUGAUUUGUCCUCAACUAUGGAUAAAUUGAAUGAUGCUACAGAAUAUAUAAGAAAGUUAGAAAGUCAAAACAAAGACUUAAAAUCAACCCUAGAAGAAAAAGAAAAAGAAACAAGAGAUCUUAGAAGACACAGUCGUCCUUCUAUUGAUACUGGAAAAUCUGGCGACAAAUCCCUUGCAGUUCAACUACGACAUUCACAGAACCAAGUACGUUUAUUGAAAUCAACCAUGGAACAGUUUUUGCGUAUGGGCGUGUUUAGUGAUGAUCCCAAUUUAUCUUCAACGCUCUCUCCUACAGUUUCACUUGAUUUAGCCGUGCCUGACUUCAAGGCAAAGCAAAGACAACAACGACAGACCCCUUCAGUCAACAAUAAAGCACCUCCUAAAAAGACAAGUGAAAUAACAGGCAAGACAUCAAAGGAGUCAGAAACGGCAUCAGCUGCAAAUCAAGAAAAACCAGAGAAGAAGACAAAUGAAGCGACAGAAAAGAAAAAUGAGAGUAAUGGGUCAGGUACUGAUUUGGAUCUGCAGCUUCGAGCGUUGCAAAGAGAAAAAGAAAUUCUUCAAGCAGAGUACAGUAAGGCUCCUUCUAGUGGAGGUAAUGCUAUUGUUCGCAGAAGAAGAGAAGAAAUAGAAUCCCGUCUUGAUUCGAUUGACUCUCAAAUGUGUCGCAUUAAGCUUAAGAUACGUAGUCGACAGAUCACCUGA